CACACACACACACACACACACACAGCUGGUGAGCUUUCCUUCGGUACAGACUGACAGAAGCAGGGCGACCGCUCUAAGCUGCACGCGCUCCGCUCUCCUCCGUCUUUUGCUGUUGACGUAAAAACUUUGAAAGGGCGAAACGUCAAAAGCACAGCUGACAGCGUGCAUCAACCACACAGGAGCGGGACAGAAAAGAAAGAUCAAGUCCGAGCAAAGCGGCGGCGUCGGGAGAAAGAGGGAGCUAUGCCAUCUCCCGCCGAGCAGAGCCCAGUCCUCCUCAGUUGCGUGUCGGAUCUACAGCAUGGUGUCUCUUCCUGGACUCUGGACCUGCUGCCUCGCCCUGGGGAGAACUCGCCUCCUUUCUCUACUGCUUCUGCCUCUGUUAAGCGCCUUUUCAUCCGCCGAGAUCUGCCUCCCGUACCCCGCGCCUUGUCCUAUCCUGUCGCGGAUAGGACACACGGUGCGCCUCGGCGCACUCCUGCCGACCCGCCAGCCGGCACGGAUACAAAACGCGCUCAACCGCGCCCUGGCGAGCAUCCGCCACCAGAGCGGAGGGGCAGACUCCACCACCACGUCCUCCCAGCCGGCUCCUCUGUUGCCCUACAACUUGACCCUGGAGAUGGUGGCGCGAUCCCCCGCUGGCUGGGACCCGGAGUCGCUGUAUCAUAGCGCCUGUCAGGACUUGGUGGUCAGGGGGGUCUCUGCCGUGCUCGCCUUUCCGCGCACCAGGGAAGAACUGAUCCAGGUGGAGUUCCUGUCUUCUUUCCUGGAGAUCCCCUUCAUCUCCAUUCUGGAGGACACAGAACCCCUUGUGACCAAGAAUCAAUUUCACCUACAGAUGUCUGCCCGUGUGCCUCCAUCAAGCCUGGGGAGUUUACUGCUCGCAGUCCUGCAAGGUGGGGAAGGGGGAAGAGAGAGAGGAAACCGAGGAGAUGGCAACUGGGGAGGAGCAGCUGUGAUCUGCCCUGGAUGGGAUGAAGGCAGCGAUGGCUUGCUGACUCACCUGCAGAGGCACAGCGGUCCUGCCUGGCAUUUGUGGGACAUCAUCAACCUGACUCGCAUCACAGGGGGUAGUGAUAGAAGGGGGGAGGCCAGUGAAGAGAAAAGGGAGGAUCAAAUGGAAGAGGAGGCUUUGAACAUCAUCACCACCAGCUUCCUGCGCUCCCCCUCAACUAUUUCCUCUGUGCUUCUCCUGGGGUCUGACCCCGAGUGCCUCUCAUCUGUCCUGCGGGCUGCUCAGCAGCUCGCUUCAUCACUACCUGCACUGCAGUGGAUCAUGGGAUACCCUUUAUCUCCAGAUUCAUUGCACACUUUAGGAGGUCCCCUUGGACUUCUGGCCUAUGGGGAGGUUGGUCGUAAGCCGAUAAGCUUCUACAUACGAGAUGCUUUGCAGAUGAUCGGACGAGCGGUCACGGCAGCAACCAUGGUGAACCCGGACUUAGCGCUGGUUCAGAACAUACUGAACUGUUAUGACAAGCCAAACCAUCUCGAAAUGCCUUCUUCAGGUCAAUAUCUUGCCAGGUUUCUAUCCAACACUUCCUUCAGUGGUUCCACCGGAUUGAUCCAAGUUAAUGCUGAUGUCUCUAGAAUCCUCUCAUCCCAGCUGUUCCAUGUAUGGAGUCUAAAAAGAGGAGCUCUGGGCCAGCCAGCCUGGGUGACAGUAGGACAGUGGACCAGAGGCCGACUGGAGUUAGAAGGGGGUGUCCUAGGACUGGUGGGAGGGCUUGGAAGUAGCCAGGGACAAGGUCUGGGAGCUGGCGUGAGAGGAGGGGAUGGCCAAAGUGAUGGUUACAUAGGAAGCCGUUGGAGGCCAGGACUUUCUGUUGAGGGACAUCGCCUUAGAGUGGUGACAUUAGUGGAACACCCAUUUGUUUUCACACGGGAGGUAGAUAAAGAUGGAACAUGUCCUGCAGGUCAACUCUGUCUGGAUCCUAAAACCAACCGUUCUGACAUAAUCAACGGGCUCUUCAACCGGCUUCACAAUCCCAACUCCUCAACAGUAGACUGGGAUGGAUUUGACAUGCCGGAGGACCUGAGAAAAUGCUGCUACGGGUACUGCAUCGACUUGCUGGAGAAACUUGCAGAAGACAUGGGCUUUACCUUUGACCUUUAUAUUGUGGGAGACGGAAAGUACGGGGCUCUGAGUGGGACUGGACGCUGGACUGGGCUCGUGGGGGACCUGCUGAGUGGAAUUGCUGACAUGGCCGUCACCUCUUUCUCCAUCAACUCUGCCAGGAGCAGAGUCAUUGAUUUUACCUCACCCUUCUACUCCACCAGCCUUGGCAUUCUGGUUCGAAGCCACGACACCGCAGCCCCUAUUGGAGCCUUCAUGUGGCCUCUCCAUUGGUCCAUGUGGGUGGGAAUUUUUGUCACUCUUCAUCUCACUGCACUCUUUCUCACCUUGUAUGAGUGGAACAGCCCCUUCGGGAUGACCCCCCAUGGCAGGAACAGGCUGCGUGUCUUCUCCUACUCAUCUGCCCUCAAUCUCUGCUACGCAAUACUGUUUGGACGCACUGUUGCCACCAAGACUCCUAAAUGCUGGACUGGGCGCUUCCUGAUGAACCUUUGGGCUAUUUUCUGCUUACUGGUUCUGUCCAGCUACACUGCCAACCUUGCUGCAGUCAUGGUCGGAGAGAAGACCUUCGAGCAGGUUUUGGGAAUUCACGACGAGAAGCUGCACCAUCCCUCUCUGGGCUUUCGCUUUGGGACGGUGAGGGAGAGCAGUGCAGAGGAUUACAUGAAGAAGAGUUUCCCAGAGAUGCACGACUACAUGAGACGCUUCAACCAGCCCACUACCCCAGCGGGUGUACACAUGUUGAAGACAGAUCCUCCUGCCCUGGAUGCAUUCAUCAUGGAUAAAGCCCUGCUGGACUUUGAGGUCUCCAUCGACGCAGACUGCAAACUGCUCACAGUGGGGAAGCCUUUUGCCAUUGAAGGCUAUGGCAUUGGCCUUCCACAGGGCUCCCCUUUAACCCGCAACGUGUCAGAGUUUGUGAGUCGCUACAAGUCUGACGGUUUCAUGGACAUGCUACAUGACAAAUGGUAUAAGGUCGUACCCUGCGGAAAGAGAGUCUUUGCAGUCACCGAGACCUUACAGAUGGGGAUCCAGCAUUUUUCAGGCCUCUUUGUGCUGCUGUGCAUGGGGGUCGGUGGAGCCCUGCUGACCUUGGCAGGUGAGCACACCUUCUAUCACCUGGUCAUCCCCCGCCUCCGACGCUCGCCUACACUGCAGUACUGGCUGCACACCAGCCAGAAAAUCCACAGAGCUCUUAACACCGCCUAUGAGGAUGUGGGGAAGGAGCUGACCGGCAUCGACCAAAACCCCUCCUCUUGUAUCUCUGAGAACUGCACCUUACACAGGAAACAGCACCAGCCUCCUCCCCCAUCUCCCCCCAUAUCCCUUCCUGCAUCCUCUACAGCUGGAGACACUGGAAACUCCUCGCCCUCGCAUGACCACAAGGAGAAACGUGUUCACUUUGACCUGGAAACACUUCACAGCUACCGCCUGCGCACGCACACCGCAUCGGUGCGAGGUCGACCUGGAAUGGUCGGUCGUCCUGGGCUCGGCCUGGGUGGGCUAGGACUGGGAACCCUGGGGGGUUUCACCUCCCCCCCACAGAUCAGCCUCCACGCCAACGGUGGCCCUGUCUCGACUUUGGCAUCCACAGGUUUGGUGCUCUCCCCUCUGGGGAACAGGGCGGCCCAGACCAGCCUGUGGGAGGGCGAGCUACAGGAGCUGCAAGUGAAGAUCGAAACGUUCCGCAACCAGCUGAGAGAAGCUCUGGCCAGACGAGCUGAGAUCCAGAGCAGCCUGGAGAGAGAGAGGAGUGGACUGGUGCGCAGGGAUACGAGUGUGGAGAGGGAACGCGACAAACCGAGGGUACAGACAAUCAGCACAGACAGAAGUAGCUCCGCUCAGCCCAAACUCCCUGAGAGAGACAGAACCAGCCAACUGCAAACCCUGAAUAAUCAGCAGACUGGAUCUGGGACUACAGGACAAGUCAGAAGCAGCCAGCUGAACACAGUGAACAGUUUGGACAGAGGAAGAAUCCUUACUUUGAUGGGAGAAAGGAUUGUCCAAUCACGCACUUCUGCUAGUCUGGAGCGAAGUCAAGCCAACCAGCAAAGUGCUGGGAACAUAAGUGUCCAAACGCGGAACACUUUGAGCCUGGACAGACAGAAAACUAACCUUUCACGCACUCUGAACACUUUGGAGAGGACGAAAGCCAACCAGCCGAGCGUGAGCAGCGGAACCUGAUUGGCUGCCUGUUUAAUCCUACUGGUGACAGACAGCCAAUCAGGUGUUACUUACAUACAUAGCCGCGGGAAGAUGUUUUGGAUUAGAUGGUUUCUCAUAAAGAGUUCGAGGACAGAAUACAGCACUGUUUAUUUCAAUUCAGUUCAAUUCAAUAAUACUUUAUUAAUCCCAGAGGGAAAUUAGAGUUUACAUUAUUAUGUACUAUUAUGUAUUAUUAUUAUGUACAGAAAUCUACUAAUUUUUGCAGAAACAAAAAGUUUUGCUUCAAAUUGCAGCUAAAAACUGCAGUGACUUUGUCCAUACAUUCCUGAAUAAGCAAUAUAAUAUUGAAAUGAACUCAAAGUUUAUGUUUUGGUUUAAAUGAAUGGAUGAAUUAGAAUUGGAAAUGUUAAAAAUAUGCAGAUAAGCUAAAAGAUCCAUGAAUCACAACUGAUAAAACGUGCAUACCGUAAAUCCUCUAAUACAGGCCCGGGCCUGUAUUUGACUCAAGCUCAUCAAGCACCAGGCCUUUAUUGGAAGGAGGGCCAGAAUUAGAGGCAGGCCUCUAUUUCUAUUUGAGCAAAAUGAACUAAUGGUUCGCUGGAGUUUUUGACAAUUAAAAUUGCGUACACAUUUUCAAAGUUAAACACAUUUCUUUUAACAACGGUAGUUUCUGCUUCAGCCCUCUCCCCCCUCCCCCUGAGCAGCGGCCGCAAACUCACUGAUGCUCCUGCAGCCUCUCGGAGUUCCUGCUGCUCUAAAUAUUAAAAUAAUUAUUUCAUUUUCUGUUCCUCACUUCUGAUUACCUUCACUGGUGUCUGUUUGUUGCAACCACCAGGUACAAAAACUAACUUGUUUUUAUUUGACUGUUUUUCUGUCCUGCCUGUUUAUUAUCUUCCUGCAUCUCCUCUCAAUCCUAAAGAGAAACUGCUACCUGGGUUCAUUUAUAUUCACCUCAUGAGUUACCUUUGAACUGCAGUUCUAAAAGAUCUACCGACCGCAAAAAUAGCGGAGUGCUCGCUGCUUGGUGGCCGCAUCAGUGAUCGGUGCGUCACCGGAGGACAAGGUGAUGCACCCCGCUCCACAGCAGCGAAACACAUCAGGCGCAAAUAAAAGACAGAAAACAUUAAAGGAAAUGAACCGACAUGAACGAUCGCGUGACAGUACCGACGCUCUGGCACAGCGCGU